UUUACUGUAUUUUGAUACUUUGCUUCAGCACACAACAAACCGCACCACCGGGUAUAUAUAAAGAUAGAUAGAUAGAUACACAUAUCUAGGGUUAAUGUUGUUGUGACUGAAAUUAACGUUGGCUUGAUCUGCAAUUAAGAGGGCAUAGAUCUUGAAGGGAAUUGCGUGCGCCAUGAGUAGAGGUGAAAGUUCUGGUGGUGGUCAGAGCUCUUUGGGGUAUCUAUUUGGGUCAGAAGAACAGCGAAAUGAACCUCAACCCACAAGAACAGUUUCAUUACCACCCUAUGGCGUUGAAAUCGACAACACUGUUAAUCCUCCCAACACCCAACUUGUUGUCACCAACAACCGAUCUCAAGGCCACCACUUGGGAAACAUUGUAACUGAUCGUCCAUCGACAAAAGUCAAAUCGGUUCCCGGAGGUCAUUCAUCGCUUGGAUACUUGUUUGGAGAUAAGUGAUAUUUCAUUCUCCGACAUUGAUUGAUAGUACUGGUGCUAUCUGACAAGGAGAAUCGAUACUUUUUAUUGUAGCUUAUCUGUGUGAGGUUUGAGUGAAUCAAUCACCUAUAAUUUGAUUUUAUUAGAAUGUAAAAAGAAAAAAAAAAUCAAAUCAAGUAAGGGAUUAAGUUUCCUUUUUGUUGCAGGUUUAUACAGGUGAAUAAUGUGGGUCAUGCGAGUGAAAAAUAAACCAGUGUGUGCUUUGUCUGCUAGUUUAAUCAGUUUAAAUGGAAUGUUAAAUCUAUUAUUGUUGUGUAGUUGUACUUGAAACGGAUAAGAAACUUUGUAUUCUGUUCUGUGGUU